UAUUGACUUACUAAGAAGUUGUUUUAAUUUAGUUGUUGCUUAAGAAUAUAAAAAAUGCAUAUUGUAUACAUAUGCAAUAGAAGCAAAAUAAUUUUAAGUUGCAUAGUAAAUUACGCAGAUUUUUUGGACCCUGAUGAUUUACUGUAAAAUCUAUAAUUAUUCAAUAGUGUCAGAUCUUGACAACUACUAAUUAUUAACGAAAGCUGUAACUGGUAAACCUAUACAGACAGAAACAAGAUCACCUGAAAUGAAAAUUUGAAAACUAAUCUUCCAAUAUAGUUUGACCACUGCAUGGCAUGUUUGACUACUACAUACUAAAAGCAAAAGCAAGUUUGUUUUUAAACCCCGAAUGUAUUUUGUAAAUAUCCGUAUCGUGUGGUAAGCCACAAAUAACGGAGUGUGUGUUUAUAAAAAUUUAUUAUGAAUAAAAAAAAGAUUUUAAUAAACGUGAGCGGACAUACUUUUGAAACGCUUGAAUGUACUUUGAAUCGCUAUCCGGACACACUUCUUGGUGAUGAGCUUAAAAGAAAUAAAUUUUUUUGCCAUAAAUCAAAACAAAUCUUUUUUGAUCGAAAUCGAAUUAGUUUUGAGGCUAUCUUGUUUUUUUACCAAUCUCAAGGAAGACUUUCUUGUCCUCCAGAACUUUCCAUUGACGUAUUUGUAAAAGAAUGUCGAUACUUUGAAAUAUCUGACAAAGUUAUUAAAAGAAUGAUAAAGAAAGCUGGGUAUCUUGAACAAAAAAAAAUACAUACUUUUCCUAAUAUUCCAUUUAGCAGAAAAAUUUGGAAUUUCAUAGAAUACAAUGAUACAUCAACUUCCGCUCUAAUAUUUGCAUUGACUUCUUCUUUCAUGAUUGUUAUGUCCGUAGUUAUUAUGUGUUUAGAUUCAGUACCUUCAAUUAGAAACUAUUCAAGCAGUUGGAGCAGACAUAUAUGGGUUAUAGGUGAAGGAAUUACUAAUGCGUGGUUUCUUAUUGAAUUACUCGUAAGAUUUUGUUUCUGUCCAAAUAAAAAAAAAUUUCUUAAAAAAUGGCUAAACAUAAUUGACGCAAUAACAGUUAUAUGUUAUUUGCUCAUGUUGGCUUUAAAAGAUUACAGAUAUAUUUCUUACGAAUAUCUACAUACGUUACGACUAGCACGUGUUUUGAAACUUUUUCGCAUAACUAAGCAUUCAAAACGUUUACAAAUUGCUACUAUCAUUAUCAAGUCCAGCAUGCGAGAUUUGCGUUCCUUGUUAUUUUGUUUAAUUUUACUUAAUAUAUUUGGAGCCAGUAUCAUAUAUAUUUUUGAAAACUCGUUUGUUCAUAGCCAAUUUAAAAGCAUUCCCCAUUCUCUAUGGUGGGCUAUUCAAACGAUAGUUACGUUAGGGUAUGGAGAUAUUGUACCUAUGACAAUUCCUGGUAAAAUUUUUGCUGCAUCAUUCAUGUCUUUUGGCGCGUUAACUAUUUCUUUACCUGUUCUCUCAAUAGUGACAAAGUUUAGCGCAGCUUACACUAAAAAUUUAAAAAGUGAACCUUGAAUUAUUUAUGAAUAUUUUAAAUUAAAAAAAUAAUUUUUUAAAUAAAAAAGUGAAUUUUGAAUUAUGUCUUAAUUUUGACUUAAUACUUUCUAAUAAUUCCACUAUUAGAAAGUAUUCAUUUCUUAUUUUUAAUACUUUGAUGAGUAAAAUAACAAUGUAAGUAAAAGAUUA